UGACCACCAGUUGCUUUUUUCCAUUCUCCUUCCAGCUUUCAGAUAGCCAGCAGCAAUGGCCUUAGUGAACUCCCUCCUCAUCCUCAUUCUCUUACCACCCCUUGGUGUUCUGUCCCAAGCAGCCUCCUCUAAAGAACAGACACUUCACAUUCAAGCCUUGCUUCCCCAAGUCUGCAAGGACGUCGAAGACCAAAGCUCAUGCCUCCUAAACGUGCAGGCCGAGCUCGAUAACGCAGGGCCUCCCAAUUCCAUUUCAGUCCUUAGCGCCGCGCUUCAAGCCACUCUCCACGAAGCGAGAGCGGCCAUUGAGUCGAUCACGAAGUUCACAGCCCUGUCUGUGAGCUACCGUGAACAAGUCGCGAUUGAGGACUGUAAGGAACUGCUAGAUUUCUCCAUCUCGGAGAUCGCUUGGUCUGUGGGAGUGAUGAAAAAUAUUCAAGCUGGCUCGGAGAACAGCCACUCUGGCGGGAACCUGAAAGCGUGGCUCAGCGCCGCGCUGAGCAACCAAGACACGUGCCUCGAGGGCUUCGAGGGCACGGACGGGCGCCUGGAGAAUUUCAUCAGGGGGAGCUUGAAGCAAGUCACACAGCUCAUCGGGAAUGUGUUGACUAUGUAUUCUCAAUUGCACACUUUACCGUUCCCGACGCCUCGUACCAACUCCAGUGACGGGAACCCGGAGUUUCCGGCAUGGAUGACGGAAGGCGAUCAGGAGCUGCUCAAGGCAAGUCCGGUUGGCAUGCAUGUAGAUGCCGUCGUCGCGUCGGAUGGGAGCGGACAUUACCGCACCAUCACGGACGCAGUCAUCGAAGCUCCAAGCUAUAGCAACAGGAGGUACAUCAUAUAUAUCAAGAAGGGUGUUUAUAGCGAGAACGUUGACUUGAAGAAGAAGAAAACGAACAUCAUGUUUGUCGGAGAUGGCAUCGGAGCCACCAUCGUCACCGGUAAUCGAGAUUUUAUGCAGGGAUGGACGACCUUUAGGACUGCUACUGUUGCGGUGUCCGGCAAGGGGUUCAUAGCCAGGGACAUGACCUUCCGCAACACGGCGGGGCCGCAGAACCACCAGGCGGUGGCGCUCCGUGUCGACUCGGAUCAGUCCGCGUUCUACCGAUGCAGCAUGGAGGGCUACCAGGACACGCUCUAUGCCCACUCCCUACGCCAGUUCUACCGUGAGUGCGACGUCUACGGCACCAUCGACUUCAUCUUCGGGAACGGCGCGGCGGUCCUCCAGAACUGCAGGAUAUUUACCAGAGUGCCCCUGCCCCUCCAAAAGGUGACCAUCACGGCACAGGGAAGGAAAAGCCCCGACCAGAGCACCGGGUUCUCAAUCCAAGACUCUUACGUUUUGGCCACCCAGCCCACUUACCUCGGCAGGCCAUGGAAGCAGUUCUCCAGGACCGUCUUCCUCAACACGUACAUGAGCAGUCAGGUCCAGCCGAGAGGCUGGCUCGAGUGGUACGGCGACUUUGCUCUCGGCACGUUGUGGUACGGCGAGUACCGGAACUACGGGCCCGGCGCCUCGCUCUCUGGCCGCGUCACGUGGCCCGGCUACCACAUCAUCCGCGACGCCGCGACGGCCGGCUUCUUCACGGUCCGACGGUUCAUCGACGGGACCGCGUGGCUGCCGGCCACCGGGGUCAGGUUCAGUGCCGGAUUGAGCAAUUGAAAGUCCUUUAAUGUAGACAGAGGUGUCAUGUGUACUUCUAAGGGGUAAAAUAGACUUUAGCAGCAUGUGGUCUAACUUUUUACUUUGUCUUUCUUUCUGUUGAUUGCGACCCAAGUGUUCCAUUUAUACGACAAAAAACCUAGGAAUGUAUUAAUUUGCGUACAUUA